GUCCGUGGAUCGAACCCGACCUCUGCUUCUCGACUUCACCUGUCUAGACCUGGGCAACCUGGCAGUAUCUCAGCACUCGUGCUUCCCCCGGGUGGUAUGGCAGCUAGGCACCGGAAGGGUGUUACAGCUGAACGACUGUGUGAUUUGGAAUGGCCUGAAAAUAUGGUGCCUAACAACGAACUAGCCCGGAAUCCAAAUGGACCACAUCACCGUCAAUUACCGGUAGGGAAGAUCGACCACCGCCUGUGUUUCGUUGCGGUUUUCAGGUCUAUGGAAAACAUGCAUAGCUCGCUUAACCAGCGAAAAGCUACCGAACCCACAAAUCAAGCGAACCGAUCAUAUCUAGAUCCUCAAGCGCCUACCAUUAGGAACAGGUAUCCAAAGGGCCAAUCAAAGAGAAAACUUCCAUCUGCGUUGAAACCCACCCAACCUCAUCCAAACACUAGCUCUGCCGGAAACUUGGAAAGAGAUUCCUACUGGUCGUAUCCACAACUCAGUCUGAUGCUUCCUCCGAACCCAGGUGAAGCUAAGAGCCGUGCAGACGGAGAAGCUCGACAGAACUCCAAAUCCAAAUAA